CGAAAUUGAUCCCGAGCCGGCAGCGAGAAACCGUGUGUGCAUUUUUUAUUAGAAAAUAAGGGACGAUAACGAAAUGGUGGACACCAGGAAGCAAAAUGCAUCUGGUCCCAAGCCACGUAAAACCUUGGAAAGUGUGCGUCAACCAUCCCAUGAUGACGACAAAACAAUGAUUGAGUCUUCUAGCGUCGGGUCAGUGGAAAGGCAGCAUGAUAACUCUACCCACAACAUUGAAGUGAGCGGUUGUAAUUCUACCUUACCGUACACGGAUGGAGAUGAUCUGAUUGAUACUGAUGGUUCAAUUUCCGAAGAUUGUACUGAUGACGAUGAACCACUUGUGAAAGAAGCCACACCUGUUUCAUAUCAGCCAGAGGCACUACCGGUGCCGGCCAACCGAUCCAAAAAGACUCCAUCGAAGCAGAUCGCUACACCAAAAACCCCCCACCAAAAGCAACCACCACAACCAUAUACGGAAGCAAGUGUUAACAAUGAAGUCGAAUUUCCCGUUGCCUGCAUUCUCAUUGCUAUUCUCCUAAUCGGAUGUGGGUAUGUAGUCCAUUAUAAAGUGCAGAAAUAUUUUACAAAACCACCUGUCAUUCACGAAAAGUGUGAGGAAUUCUAUAACCUCGAAAAAAGUUACACAAAUGUCAAAAACACUUUGUGGGAUGCGCUUAAUGUAAGCUUUAGCCGGGCAAACAAUCAGAAGGAACGCCGUGAGCCUGGAACGUUUCUCUUCCUACACGACGGAUCGAUUGAAAUGGUAGAUCGUUUUAUUGAAACCAUAAGCAAAAUAACAGCGCAUUGCUUCGGCGGAACGAAACCGAUCCUGCUAGACCGAAAGUACUUCCAGCGCGCCGACAUUCAACGGGAUUUUGGCGAGUUUAUACCACUGCAAAAGGCCGCUUUGCAGGAGCAAGGUAUCAUGGUUGUACGCAACUUGGAGAACAUACCACCGAUGGCAGUACAAGCAUUUCACAGCAUCUGUGAUCCGGAAGAACCGCUAGUGGAUAGGGCAGUUAUAUAUUUUACGAUGGAUACAUCGAAAGUCGGUGGACAGAUGACUCACGAUAGCGGGCGGAGUGCCACAGCCGAGGCAGAAAUGUUGUUAUAUCAAAUGUGGAAGAAUGUUCUUAAGCCGGAGGUGCUGGGUCCCCUUGUUACACGACUAACCGAAAAUGUUUAUCGCAUCGUUUGAAAAAUGUUGGGAGUUUUUAUGAAAAGUUUAUUUAUCUUGGUACUUAAUGCGUUGAAAACAUAGAAUUAAUAAAAACCGCUUCAAUAAUGUAUGAGU